AUGGCCAAGAAGAACAAGAGCUGGUUUAAUCUGGUGAAAAGCCUUUUCAUAUGGGACACACAUUCCACACAAGAGAAGAAAGAGAAAAGAAGGAAAUGGAUAUUUGGAAAGCUAAAAACCAAGAAGUUACCUUCAAUUACAGCUCCAGCAACAACAUCAAAUGAAGCUGAGGAGGAGGGAAAAACCAAGCAUUCUCAAGUUGUUAUGCUUAAUGAAGUUUCACAAUCUGGUUAUCAAAAAGAUCAAGAUGGCUCAGAAGAAUCUGAACCUGUUGAAACUAGGAAUGGUGUUCCUCGAUCAAUAUAUCUGUGCCAGAGAGAGAUUCAAGAAUUUGCAGCCAUCAAAAUUCAAACUGCUUUUAGGGGCUACCUUGCAAAGAAGGCUUUGAGGGCAUUGAAAGGAAUAGUAAAACUUCAAGCGAUUAUUCGUGGGCGAGCAGUGAGACGCCAAGCUAUGAGUACUCUCAAGAGCUUGCAGUCCAUUGUAAGUAUUCAAUCAAAGAUAUGUGCAAGGAGACUCCAAAUGGUUGAAGGAAGAUGGGAUUCUGUUGAAGAUGAAGAGACUCUUUAUUCUAAAGACAAGAUCAUUAGGAUGGACUCAAACAGCGAAAGAAAGUGGGAUGACAACACUUUAUUGAAGGAAGAGGUAGAUGCCUGUUGCAUGAUCAAGAAAGAAGGCAUUAUUAAGAGAGAAAGAAUAAAAGAAUACACAUUUAAUCAUAGAAGGUCAGCAGAGUCAGAAAGAAGUAAAGUGAACGGAAGAUGGAGGUACUGGCUAGAGCAAUGGGUAGAUACACAGUUUUCUAAAAGCAAAGAACUUGAAGGAGGACCUUCUGCUUUAUCAGAGCACAACCUUAUUUCAUUGGAAGACGGUGAACCACAAUAUUUGUAUCGAGCCCUGGAAUGUCUUCGUACGACCAGCUCUUCAUGUGGUUGGAUAUCCUUUUCUUCUUGUAUUAAGAGUCUGGAAAGUUCUCCAGGUAUUUCACAAUCUUCCUCACCUUCGUCCUCAGCUUGGUAG